AUGGUUGGAGUAGCGUACGACUGCCUGGCCAACCCUCUCGGCGCCGUCCGAUCCACUUUCGAAAAGGCCGUCUCUUCCGGAUCCGACCCGGCCUCCUUCGCCGGCCGCGACUGGGGCGCCGUCGAUCUCUUCCGCACUUUUCUCUUCGAAGACGGCGGCCUCUCUCAGGUUCCGGUUUUGAAUUCGUCAACGAUUAGAUGGAUCCAGCCAAAUACUCUGGUUCGGUUUCGGGGGAUGGUGCAGGACAUGUUGGGAAAUGAGCUCUAUGUGGGUGCUUAUAAGGAUGGCUCGGUUUGGAGGACUAACAAGUUUGUGGAUGUGGCUCAAUACCCUAUUGAUUCUUGUUCCGAUACUCGGAUAUGGGAGCGCCGUAUGCUCUACUGUGUUCCGGUUCCGGGGCUGAACUCAUGGGCUGAACCUCCGGCAGUGGUGUAUAGAAGUAUGGAUUCGACAACCCAACAUGGAGAGAAGCGCCAGAGAUUGGAUGAAUCUUCCGAUAACAUGGAUUUUGAUGUCUCAGAUGAGGGAUUUCAAGGUUCUCCAUCUACCAAAAAGCUGAAAGAGGAUGGCCAUCCUUCCCAGUCUCAAGAGUUAAACAUCGAGGGCACCAGUUCUAGUUUGAGUAUGCUGCCUGAGGUUAACGGGGAUUCACUUCCCUGUCUUGUUAAGAUAUAUGAUUGUCCAGAGUCUGACAUGAAGCUAAAUGAGGUUUUUGAGUUUGUUGGAGUGUUCACUUUCGAUCCAGAGUUUAAAGUGGAAAACGAUGAUGAAGAGUUUGCCAAUGGUUUUAGUGAAGAUGUCUUGGUUCAAUUGCCCCCAAAUAAGGUGCCACGUCUCCAUUGUCUUACCCACAGGAAGCUUACAGUUCUUGACUUCCUCUCUAGCCCCCCCACAAUGGAGGUAAAACCCAACUUGGUGAAAGAGAUCAGAAAUGCUCUGUUGAGACAUCUUACAGCUGUUCUCGGUAAUGAUGGCGUAGCUGCUCAAUUCCUGCUCUUGCAUCUAUUGUCCACGGUGUAUUCUAGAGUUGGUACUGUUGCUGUGGGGAAGCUUUCACUAAAUCUCAAUUGUUUCAACAAAGAAAGUGUACCUGUGUUUGGCCCUCGGCUUCUCCUUGCUAUCAAGAAUCUUUUACCUUUCACACAAUGCAUAUCCCUAACAGUGGAUUAUCUUAACACUGCUUCUCUUGCGCCAAAAAAGGAUUACGAGACGAACAGACUGAUCACUGGAGCUCUGCAGCUGGCUGAGAGUUCACACUUGAUCUUUGAUGAGACCCAGUUGGAAGCUGGGACUCUCAACUCUGUUGGGGUUGAAAAUGCAAGAUUGCUUAAAACUCUAAUGGAAAUGCAAAAGGUGGAAUAUGAUUUUCAGUACUAUAAAUUGGACAUGGAAGCUGAUGUCCAAUUACUCGUUCUUUCUGAAGGAAAAUCAAACAUCUUACCGGCUGAUAUAGUUUUACCUUUCCAACCUUCUUCAGUGGAUUCUUUUGAAGCCACUGCAGAAGCACUAGAGGCUUGGAGAUGGUACUUGGCUACUAUUAGAUCAUUGCCGCAUUCUAUUGAGGCAGAAAUACAGAAGGUGAUAGAAAAUGACUUGGUUGAAGCAAAGCAAGCAGAUAGGAGUAUGGGCACCCAAGACUUCAGCAGAUUGCUGACAAUGGCCCGACUGUUGUCUAUGAGUUUCGGUGAAACCAGCUUAUCAUUGGAACACUGGCAGAUGGUCAAGGAACUAGAAAGGUUAAGAAGAGAGAGGCUCAAGUGA